ACUCCCGUAAAACUCCACACCAUGUCAAGGCUUCUACUAGCCUUCAAGUGAAACUGAGAGCACACCUAUAAAUGGAUGCAAAGUUUACCGUGACAGCUUCAAUUCCCGUUUGAACAGGACGACGUAACGCUGGUGCUGGUUGUUGUUUAUCCUACAUAGGUAGAAGCAUAAAUGAUCUUAUGGUGUUGUUCUUGUUUUCUAGGUGUUUCGUCCUCCAUUCGCAUUUUAGUGAGGAAAGAACUUCUUUGAAAAGUGUUUUCCCCUGCUUACUGUAUUUAAAUAUUAGUUGCGAGUGUAUGAAAAGGUAGUUUAUGCGGAAAGAAUUCUCCCAUCAAAAAUCUGAAAGUUCAAUACUUUUUACAUAAAAGAGGAACAUUUAAACGGCGUGAUUUUUUUUAAAAAAUCAGAACAGAUUAAAUGCAUAUUUUGUAUUUAGGGAUGAGAAGCAGUGAAACCGUUAUCAUAAACUACCAUUCAUUCUGUAGCAAAUUUCUGUGACAAAAAUAAAUUCUUCGAGCUCCUUUAGGAGACUGUAUGAGGCUGUCGGCUGAUCAAACUACUGCCCGAUGAGUAGCGUAGGAAGGGGAUGGAAGGGUGCUCCUUUUUUUUUUUGUUGGUGGCAACAUUUUUGGACAAAUGCAGUUUUUUCCUGAAGGGGGUGGCAAAAUAAUUUCUACCUCCCGGGGGUCACUGGCCACUGCUGUUGGGUCAGGAGAUAGGGCGUUGGUCUUAACUACGUGUUACUUGUCAAAUUCUCAUAUGUUAAAACAUAAAUUACUUUUUAAAAGGUAAAUACAUUUUUGCUAUUAUAAUUUUUAAUGUUAAUAAAUUAUUGAGUUUGUUUGGUUCCGGAAGUGUAGUCAAUACAGCAAGGAUACAACAUACAACAUGGCGUUCAAUGGAUUGAUAUCUCUGUUCAGCCUGGGAUGUCUUUUAUUGGUGGUGACUGCCCAUGGUGGUCGGUACAGGGACAGAGGACCGUGAGUAAUCUUUGAUAGAAUAUUUUAUAGUAAGAAUAGGGCUUAACCGGGUGCAGUUUUUUUUUACAUCGGGUAUUUUGGUAAAAUACCUGGUGGGUCCAAGUGUCAAAAAAGAGUUAAGAUCACAUUAUCUAUAAUCAGUAGGCCUACAGAUAGUCCUGCACCCUGCCUGCCGGAUUUGAAACAAUAGUCCUACAGACAGUCCUACACUAUACCCGUAGCUCUUUAUUUCUUACAAAAAUGGUUUUGUUUUACGGUCAUUGCAAAAUAGCCUGUGAUUUACAACAAACCCAAAUGUUCCACACUAUAUGUGAGAUAUGAGGUGAACUGUGUUGGAGAAGAUUGAGAAAAAGAACUUGUAGCACGACUAAUAAAUUUGUGGUGUUUAUCUUUUUAAUAUCAUGUGUGUGAAACAGCAAUCUUGUGUUUCCUGAUUACAUGUUGCCGUUAAAGAAUAUGAGGCAUGACGUGGGCAGUGGCAACUUCAUGCCGAUGAUUCCAUUUACACAGCAAUUGAUGUAGCUGUUACUAGGCAACCGUUUCGCCCCAGCUGCUACAUUAAUUACUUGCGAGGUAGAAAUCCACUGUUGAUAUCGCCAUUAGAGGGCGUCUGACGCUUCCCCGACUCCUAGGAAAGUUGACUGCUGACGCUGUGAGAGCAGCAUCACCGGCCGACCGGAUGUCCUUUGGCUCAGGUGACCUCCUCUAGUACUCGAUCGACUGAGUACGGGGGCUGUCUUGGCAAAGGGAGAUCACCAACGUGACGCUGUGUGGCCCGAUAACUCUGACUUGGGGGGGGGGGAGUGCUUUGGGGAGGGCAUAAAGAGCUAAUGUACUAGCUCAACUGCUCGCUGACGCCAUUUCCUAAUGUACAUUUUGAGUAUGUCCUAGAAGUCAAUCUUGUGUGCCCUAAACGUCAAUCUUGUGUGCCCUAGACGUCAAUCUUGUGUGCCCUAGACGUCAAUCUUGUGUGCCCUAGACGUCAGUCUUGUGUGCCCUAGACGUCAAUCUUGUGUGCUAAACUUCAAUCUUAUGUGUCCUAGACGUCAAUCUUGUGUGCCCUAGACGUCAAUCUUGUGUGCCCUAGACGUCAAUCUUGUGUGCCCUAGCCGUCAAUCUUGUGUGCCCUAGACGUCAGUCUUGUGUGCCCUAGACGUCAAUCUUGUGUGCUAAACGUCAAUCUUGUGUGUCCUAGACGUCAAUCUUGUGUGCCCUAGACGUCAAUCUUGUGUGCCCUAGACGUCAAUCUUGUGUGCUAAACUUCAAUCUUAUGUGUCCUAGACGUCAAUCUUGUGUGCCCUAGACGUCAAUCUUGUGUGCCCUAGACGUCAAUCUUGUGUGCCCUAGACGUCAGUCUUGUGUGCCCUAGACGUCAAUCUUGUGUGCCCUAGACGUCAAUCUUGUGUGCCCUAGACGUCAAUCUUGUGUGCCCUAGACGUCAAUCAUGUGUGCCUAGACGUCAAUAUGGUGUGCCCUUGAUUCAUGUGCGUGACCAUUUGAUUUUUUUUUGCAUCCCCCUCACUCUUUGUAUUUGCCCAAAUUUACAUUUCGUACGUCUCUCUGUAACUUUUAGCUACCUGGCUACCGUGACAUUCUGUGCAAAAUUAUGUUAUGACCCCUUGUUAUAACCGAGUAUUCUGUCUUUUUAAUAACCUCAUUCAUUCUCCCAAAAAAUAAUUUUACAAAUAGAUUUCAUACCAUCUUUGAACAUAUCGCGUAUCAAAGUGUCAAUAAAUUUUAUUUUUUUUUAAAAAGUAGAAUGUUUCAAAUGUGGCUUAUCCCAAUUUUCAAAACAUGGAACCACAAUCAUAUUCUAAUUCAAAAAAAAAUAUUGUUUUUCCAGUUUUCCUGGAAGAGCAAACAACAAGAACCACCCGGGACCCCGACCAGGGAACCAACCCCAGCUGCAGGUCAACGUAACCCAAUGUCAGCUGGAGCAGCCCCCGUGCGGGCUGUGUGGCAAGCCGAUCAACGUCACCGUGCGGGCCACCAACCUACUCGUGGCUCCAAAUUUUGACCUGGUUGCUGCCAUCACCGGCGAACCCCAGCGAGAACUGCUGUCCUUCCUGGAGCAGGCCGUAGAGCUACUUAACGGCUUCAAGUAUGGUGGACAUUUAAAUAGAAGAAUUUAAUAACAAGUAAUAAGUAUAUAUCUAGUAGGAACAUAGCGAGAAAAUUUAUGUGAAACUGCAUUUUGAUAAAACCUAAUACUUAACAUAUGCUUCAGUAUUCCAAAGUGUCCAAAGAAUCAUGAGUUUAGAUGUGUACUCCAUCUGGACUAUUACUAUCACAGCGUAAACACUAAAAAUGUCUCUGUCUGAAUUAAUACUUUAAUAUGUAGGAAAAGAAAAGAAGCAGAAAUUCAGCCGACAUUUUCACAUGUGUGUGUUUUUGUAAGUUUACACUAAUGUAAACAAAAAUGUAUGUUGUUUAAGAAUGUAAUGUUUUAUAUUGACAGUGAAGUAAAAUAAUGAACGCAACAUAAAAUGAUUCAACUGUUGACUGUGGACUAGUUCUUUUUAUAUCUUAUUUUAUUUAUGACAUCACUAAAGAAAAGAAGAAGCCAGCUAGUAUUUUUGAAAUUAAAAAGAAAGAUAAAAAGAUAACAUAAAAUAAAAUUCUAUUUCAACAAAGCACAUAUUUUUUACCCAAAUGUUUAAUUUAUUGCACUUUUUUAAAUUUUUAACUCUUGAAAAUGCAUUGCUCCUUUCCACGUGUAGAUAAAGCAAAGUUACAAAGCUACAAAAUUUUUGUAUUUUUAAUAACAAUGUUGGUUCAGAUAAAGUCAUAUUUGAUGAUAUCAAAUUGGAUAUGACUUCAAUAAUGUGCUUAAUCGUGCUUGUAUUCUUUAGUUUCAUGGCGUCAUGCUAAUCCAAAUGUUAUUUGUUUAAUGGAGUAUAAUGACGAAGUUCACAUCCAAAUCUUAUUUGUUUAAUUGAGUAUAAUGACGAAGUUCACAUCCAAAUCGUAUUUGUUUAAUGGAGUAUAAUGACAAAGUUCACAUCCAAAUCUUAUUUGUUUAAUAGAGUAUAAUGACGAAGUUCACAUCCAAAUCUUAUUUGUUUAGUGGAAUAUAAUGACGAAGUUCACAUCCAAAUCGUAUUUGUUUAAUGGAGUAUAAUGACGAAGUGCACAUCCAAAUCGUAUUUUUUUAAUGGAGUAUAAUGACGAAGUUCACAUCCAAAUCUUAUUUGUUUAAUAGAGUAUAAUGACGAAGUUCACAUCCAAAUCUUAUUUGUUUAAUAGAGUAUAAUGACGAAGUUCACAUCCAAAUCUUAUUUGUUUAAUGGAGUAUAAUGACGAAGUUCACAUCCAAAUCUUAUUUGUUUAAUAGAGUAUAAUGACGAAGUUCACAUCCAAAUCUUAUUUGUUGAAUGGAGUAUGAUGACGAAGUGCACAUCCAAAUCUUAUUUGUUUAAUGGAGUAUAAUGACGAAGUUCACAUCCAAAUCUUAUUCGUUUAGUGGAGUAUAAUGACGAAGUUCACAUCCAAAUCUUAUUUGUUGAAUGGAGUAUAAUGACGAAGUUCACAUCCAAAUCUUAUUUGUUUAAUGGAGUAUUAUGACGAAGUGCACAUCCAAAUCUUUUUUGUUUAAUGGAGUAUAAUGACGAAGUGCACAUCCAAAUCUUAUUUGUUUAAUGGAGUAUAAUGACGAAGUUCACAUCCAAAUCUUGUUUGUUAAAUGGAGUAUAAUGACGAAGUUCACAUCCAAAUCGUAUUUAUUUAAUGGAGUAUGAUGACGAAGUGCACAUCCAAAUCUUAUUUGUUUAAUUGACUAUAAUGACGUAGUGCACACCCAAACCGUAAUUUUUCUUGAUUAAACUUACGUCACACCCAGGGGUAAUAUUAAGAGAAUACUCUGCUCCCCAGAUUCAAAUCCACAUACUUCGCCGGUCUUGGCUACUUCAUCGACAGCAUCAAUGGAGUUGAGGGUUCGAUACCCAAUAAAACAUUCUGGCACAUCAGCAGUGCUGGGAAGGCCCUUGAGUGCGGUGAGUCCUAUUCAGCUUUCCGUUUGCAAAUAAUAAUCUCGAGCUUGAAGUACGUGGUGGGAUAAUUUUAGACAUUUUGUAAAGAAAAUGUUGCUCUUUGAACUUUUCUCUCGUUGUUUAUUUUGUUUUCAAUGGCUUGAGUGAACAGUUGUCCUAUGUGAUAACAACAUACGUUAUCUAUUUCUACUUUUGUUUUUUUUCAUUUAGAUUAGAUCUAUAUGUUUAUUAAAUUUUAUUUAAAAAAUAUUUAUUUGUAGCCAUAUUUAGUAGAUGUAUAAUACAAUGCGAUGUACACGCAUAUUGCGUAAAGAAAGUAACAUAUUUUAACAUUAUUUUAGAAGUACCAGAAAAUAAAAUGUAAUGAAUUAGUAUUCGGCCCCCGUACAUUUAAUCGGAGGUGUUUGGAAAAGUGUUUAAAGAAGAGAAGAGUCUAAUGCCGGACAUGUGUUGAUGUUUCAUAGAAACUAGCAAUAAAAGCGUGAAUGCCACAGAUAACCUCCAUUUAUUUAUUCCUUUGAUAGCUAUCGUGUCAAUUAAACACCAUUGGAUGACAUGGUGAACUUGACACGAAGGUGUCUUAAUGAUGUCUUGCCAUACAGAAUAACCGACAGGUCCGUGUCUUAAAGAUCACGCCCAAUGGCGGUAACCACUGAGUUGUCUUUCUUGCAGGUGUGUCUAGCUAUGUCCCAAAGAAAGGGGAGGUCAUCCUAUUCAACUUCACUACCUAUGCUGCUGCUGGCUACGAGUAG